AUGGCAGUCUCUCACCACGUUCGAUCUCACAGUUUCCCCUCUAGUCUUCACCCACAAGCUGCUCAUGUCGAUGAGCAGUUGGCUCGAUUGAGAUCUUCCGAGGAAGCUUCAACAUCCUCCACCUAUUCUAUCUGCAAAAGACUUGACAACCUUCAAGAGUUACAUGAGUCUCUUGACAAGCUUAUCAGCCUACCUGUCACACAACAAUCUCUAGCUCAAGAACAGAACAAGAAAUCUGUGGAGCAGCUUCUUGAUGGAUCUCUAAGGAUCUUGGAUUUGUGCAACAUUUCCAAGGAUGCUUUGUCUCAGAUGAAAGAAGGUCUCAUGGAGAUCCAGUCGAUUCUAAGAAGAAAGCGCGGUGAUCUAUCUGGCGAGGUCAGGAAAUACUUAUCCACAAGAAAGUCCUUCAAGAAGUCAUUCCAGAAAGUACAAAAAUCUCUCAAGGUUGCACAAGCCGAUGAAUCUUUGGCUGCGUUUGGAGAAGCAGAAGCCAUCACAAUUGCUUUGUUUGAUUCUCUCUUCAGCUACAUGUCUGGAUCAAAGACUUGUGGAAAAUGGUCACUUGUCUCAAAGCUAAUGAACCAGAAGAAAGGUACAUGUGAAGCACAAGCAAACGAAUUCACAAGGAUUGAUUCUGAAUUCCAAUCCGAGAAGACCUUGAAGAUGCAGGAUGUUCAGAUGCUAGAGUCAUGCAUUCAAGAUCUUGAAGAUGGACUUGAGUCACUAUCUAAGUCUAUGAUUAAAUACAGAGUCUCAAUUCUUAACACUUUGGGCCAUUAA